CUACGUUUAGAGGUUGACCUAGCGUUUGCGCUUUGAGGAAUAUCUUUUGUUAUGGCUUCGACAGAGGCGACAAUCCCGCAGGAAUCUGCUCCCCCCGAUCGUGUUGUCGUGCUGGACCAAAAUUUUGAUACCCCGCCAAAAGAGAUUCUUCCCGAAGGUGCAAACGAGAAAAACUCAGAGGAAGGGCUUGGGGAAGAAGGAGACGAGUACUACGAUGAUAUAUUUGCAGAUGAUCUCGAUGAUGAAGACUUUUUCUCUUCAAAUCCUGCCGAUUACACAAAAUCAUAUAACCGUCAACGUCGGCUAAACGAAGUAGUCGCAGACCCGAAUGCCCCAAAAUCGUCCUAUCCAAAGAGUAAUCCACAAAAGCCAACUGUCAAUACUCAUGCGAAGAUUGAUGAUCAGAUAUCUGCGCUUUCACGCCAUGCGACGAAACUACGGCUCGACGAUAUCCAGUCUGGCCUUGGAGGUCGCGCCUCCAAAGGCGCAGAGAAAAGUGACAGAGCGACAUCAGAACAGGUGUUAGAUCCGAGGACAAGAAUGUUGCUAUUACAGAUGAUCAAUAGGAAUGUUAUAUCUGAAGUCAACGGAUGUCUUUCCACGGGUAAAGAAGCCAAUGUUUAUCAUGCCGUUUCUUAUCCUGAUGCCGAUGAGGGAGCGCCUGUACAACGUGCCAUCAAAGUCUAUAAGACAAGCAUUCUAGUGUUCAAGGAUCGAGACAAGUACGUAACCGGUGAAUUCAGAUUUAGACAGGGAUACAACAAGUCAAACAACCGGGCAAUGGUGAAAGUUUGGGCAGAGAAAGAAAUGCGAAAUCUCAAGCGCAUAUACGCAGCUGGAAUUCCUUGUCCAGAGCCUGUGUACUUGAGAUUACACGUGCUGGCAAUGGGUUUCCUUGGGAAUUCAAAGGGUCUCCCUGCUCCUCGUCUAAAAGACGUGGAACUGGAGGAUGAAGCCCGAUGGCGAAGCCUUUAUAUGGAACUAGUUGGAUAUAUGAGAACCAUGUAUCAGGACUGUCGGCUGGUUCAUGCCGACUUGAGUGAAUACAACGUCCUUUACCACAAACACAAAUUAUACAUUAUCGACGUCAGCCAGAGCGUCGAGCAUGAUCACCCUCGAAGUUUGGAAUUCCUCCGCAUGGAUAUCAAGAACGUUAGUGACUUUUUUAGGCGGAAAGGAGUUGACACAGUGCCUGAACGUACUCUUUUCGAGUUUAUCAUUUCAUCGGAAGGCCCUCGCAUGUUGAACGGGUCCAAUGAACCGAUGAUAGAUGCUCUAGAAAAGCUCUUUGCUACGAGAUCGGACUCUCAAGAUGCAGACAAUGCCGAGCUCGAUACCGCCGUAUUCCGACAACAAUACAUCCCCCAAACACUUGAGCAGGUGUAUGAUGUAGAACGUGAUGUUGAAAAACUCCAGGCGGGAGAAGGGGAGGACCUCGUGUACCGCGACCUGCUAGCAAAUCGCGGCAAAGUUCGGACAACAGACGAGCAGACGUCGGCAGCCAUUGAAGAAGGCUCGGACGAGUCAGGAGGCGUUUCAGUCUCUGAAGGAGAAUCUGAAGCCGAGGGAGAAGCGGGAUCACUUGAUCCGUUUGCUAAGAAGGCACCUCGUGGAAAACGGUUUGAAGAUAAGGAGGCGAAAAGGGACCACAAGCGACAGGUUAAGGAGGAGAAGCGUGAACAGCGGGCGAAAAAGAUUCCAAAGCAUAUCAAAAAGAAGCUCAUCAAUGCUACAAAGAGGAAAUAGCAGAGCUGAACAAUUCCCAUAAUGCUCAAAGUUACAUAUGCUAGGCAUAUGAGAAAGAUGUUUUCCCUGAUUGUUGGACACAGCCAUACAAUAAUUUAAUACAUGGAAAUCAGUUUUCAUAAAAGCAUAUGUGAUUGACAAGCUAUAUGAACCCAGAUCCCCUGUCCUCAGGCAGGCCAGUUGCACAAGCAUUCAACCAGACUGAUGAAUCGCAGUUCCU